AGCGCGCUCCUGGGCGCGUCCCCGCCGAGGCGGCACAGCAGGCGCAGCGCGCUUCCGCGGCGCGCCAGGAGGACCAGGCGCGACUGCGGCACGUCGUCUCGGUGGUCCGCGGCGGGGCCCGGGAACAGCAAGCUCGGCAGCGCGCGGGCGGCGGCGGGCGCGAGCGCGCGGUUCCGCAGCAGGCGGAGGGCGAGCCGCGCGUCCCCGGACUCCAGCGCCGCGAAGCUGCGCAGCCCGAGCGGCCCUCCCCGCGCGGGGAGCCGCCUCUCGAGCGCCUCCCGCACGCGGCCGCGGCCCGCGAAGCGUCGGUACACGUGGAGCAGAUAACGCGCCCACUGCAGCGCCCUGCGCACCUUUUCGGCGUCCCACGUGCUCACCAGCGACCCACACGACACGGCCAACAGCUCGGAGAAUCGCUCGGUUUGCUGCACAAGCGGCUCCAUGGCGGCCGCUUCCGCCCUGACAUCCCGAGGCGCGAGCCGAUUGGACAUGAGCGUGAGCGCCCGCCUCAGCGUGCUGUGCCAUUGGACGACGGCCGUGUCAGUCUCGCACCAUGGUUUCCGGGGCACAUUGGCGCUGAAAAUGAACUAGGGCAAAGUCCCAAGCUUUUACUCUGGGUCUGGGAGAGGACGCGUGAGUGCGAGUUUGAGCGCUAGGAUUUUAUGUGCUCUUUUGUUUUAAAAAUGCCAGUGGUAGACAUUUAGGCGCUUCCCCGAAAGGGGACCCAUGUUCAUCAUUAUUAGCAGUGCGGAUGUGAUCUGCUUGCGAACUCAAAGCUCUUAAAUGGCCCGUUUCCCUGGUACUUGUGGAACCAGGACCCUCACACGCUGUGCUGUGAGUUCCCGGGCUUUUUUCCUUUUUCCUUAUUUAUAUUGUUUACUGAUUCUGAGGAAACCUAUCACUGAAUUGUGCAAGCAGCCUUUCAGUUUGCAGUCCUGCCUCGACUAACCUAGUGACUGGCAGCACUAUCCUGAGGCUUACUAGCCAUGCAAUAAAUGAAAGUUUAAGCUCAAAAUUAAUCUACACAUUUAUGCUAGACUCUGAAUAGUUCUGGGCAUUCUUAUCAGAACAUAUAGUUAAGCCAGUUUUGUUUAGUUUUUAGCCAUUAGCCCAGACUAUAGUGUUUGGCCUUGUGAUUUUAUUUUAGUCUGUGUGAUGGGUUUUAAAGUUUCAGGUGGUAGCUAUUAGGAAUUACAGAGGUCACUGGUUCAUCCACUUACUAAAUACUAAGUCACGUGAUGUGAUAGCCAGUGAAGGACAGGACUGGCGCAGUUGAGAUAAAUGUAGUUAAAGCUUCCCUGUCCCACAGGAAACACUAAUGUUCCUUAGAGAGACUUCAACUUCAUAAUGCGGUAGACAAAAAUAAGAGUCACUAGAUCUUAGAUGUUAGGGAAAGCCCCAUUAAACCUUCCUUUCAACUGAAUGCCCAAAGAAUACACCUGGAAAUGCUUCAAGGCCAUGGGAACCGUUAAUAAGUCUUAAGCCACCAGAGUGAAAACCAGAUCUAAUCCAGGGUGAGAAAGAAGUCCAAAACAGCUUCAUUUCCAAGUGGCUGGGACAGUUCAGAGAAACUUCACCAGUGCUCACCUUUUCAAAACCAAUAUUAUGUUAAAUCUCAGUACCACAGUGAGUAAUUAUUUGUUUCACAGUAGCCAUCUUUUAUUAAGUAGCUAUGCAUCCCUCCGACAGUUUCCCAUCAGAAGAAUGCACUUUGGAUUUCGAACCAGUUUUCCAUUUAAUUUGGAACAAUCUAUGUAGAGGCUGAAAGAUGAUAAACACUUUAAUUUCAAGAAACCUAUGCACUUGAGGCAGACAUUGGGAGGAUUCCCAACCCAUGUGAGCAUGCCAACUCUUAGCUUCCUUCCUCUGCUGCCUUGCCCAGCCCCUGCUGUGAUGGACUCUUGCUCUCCUAGAACCCUCAACCGUGUUAGGAGUGGAUAAAUGAUGUGCACUGCCCUGAGCCCCAAGGUUCGCAGCGGACCUGGCCUGUCUGAUAUGCAUCAGUACAGCCAGUGGCUGGCCAGCAGACAUGAAGCUAAUUUGCUGCCGAUGAAAGAAGACUUGGCCUUGUGGUUAACCAAUCUAUUAGGGAAAGAGAUAACAGCAGAAACCUUCAUGGAGAAGUUGGAUAAUGGUGCCUUGCUCUGUCAGCUUGCAGCAACUGUGCAGGAGAAAUUCAAAGAGAGUAUGGAUGCCAACAAGCCUGCCAAGCCCCAUUCACCGCAUUUUGAAGCUGGAUUUUAUCUGACAUCAAAAAUGACUCAAAAUCCUACUUCAUCCCUUUCUUCAAAGACCCUACCACUGAAGAAGAUUCCUUGCAAAGCCAGUGCACCCUCGGGCUCCUUUUUUGCCCGAGACAACACAGCCAAUUUCCUAUCCUGGUGCCGAGAUUUGGGAGUUGAUGAAACAUGUCUUUUUGAAUCUGAAGGCCUGGUUCUGCAUAAGCAGCCCCGAGAAGUGUGUCUCUGUUUGCUAGAGCUUGGUCGGAUUGCAGCCAGGUAUGGUGUGGAGCCUCCUGGUCUGAUAAAGCUGGAAAAAGAAAUUGAACAAGAAGAGACACUUUCUGCCCCAUCUCCUUCGCCUUCUCCUUCAUCAAAGUCUUCAGGAAAGAAGAGUACUGGAAACUUACUGGAUGAUGCAGUAAAAAGAAUCUCUGAAGAUCCUCCCUGCAAGUGCCCAACCAAGUUCUGUGUGGAGCGGCUCUCUCAAGGUCGAUACCGAGUGGGAGAGAAGAUCCUCUUCAUCAGGAUGCUGCACAACAAGCAUGUGAUGGUCCGAGUGGGAGGAGGCUGGGAGACCUUCGCUGGCUAUCUGCUCAAGCAUGACCCCUGCCGCAUGCUGCAGAUCUCCCGUGUGGACGGCAAGACAUCCCCUGUCCAGAGCAAAUCCCCAACCCUGAAGGACAUGAAUCCUGAUAAUUACCUGGUGGUCUCUGCCACCUACAAGGCUAAGAAGGAGAUUAAAUGAAACUGAUCUCUGAAAGAGGACUCAUGCAAUGGCCUGUGUCCAUUCUUCAGUGUAGUCAAUGUAGUUCACAUGCUCUGAAAAACCACACAGCAGACAGGAAAAUACUCAAAUGGUAGCACUAUUUAUUUGUAAUGCAUCUGUAGAACUUUGCCUAUGGAGAAAAAAAUCUAAACUCAAUGAAAUCAGACAAAUUGUAAGCAAAUCAUUAUUUCUCAAUAUGUGAACAUAGUAUAUAGAACAAACCUUGUUAGGAACUAAGUUCUAGGUACAGUCAUUGAAGGUGAUCAUGACUAGGAGACUGUAUUUACUUAAAUGGGUAGGUCAACAGAAAGUGCCUGCUGUAUGUCUAUGAGCUAAAGCACCCCAGAAACUUUUAUAAUGGCGGGGAUUUUAUACCUAUUUUUUACAAAGUGACAAUGUGAUAAUGUGCUACUAAAAUUUGUCUGAGAGCACUAUAUAGUAGAGAGUUUUCUCAGCCAUAAUACUUAACUGGAAAGGACACUUCAGAGAUGUUUACAUUAACUUGGAAGAUUGCCUUAAAGUUCAUCUCUGAUCCCUGACCAAACCAACCUCUGGGGUACUUUUGGAUGUUGCCUGUGCAGCCCCUUAGGAAUAGCAGGUACCUUUUACACACAGAGAAGCUGUGUUUAGGAUGAUCACUUAGUGAAAUACACAUGCCUAAGCUAGCAGUCAUUCACAUUCUGAUGUGUGGACUGCACAGUCAAAUGUUCAUCAACCUUGUGAUUUUGUUUAUUUCAAGCAUUUUCUUAUUAAAAUUAUGUAGCUUUAGUUAGUCCUAUUCUGCUAUGCUGUCUCAUGAAGUAAAAUUCAUGUAGUGAAUUAUGUUACAGACUUGUAUACCCAGGACAGAGCUGUUUUGUAUCAAUAAACAGCAAGAUAUUGUCCACACUGAUUUAAAAAAUUAAAAACAAAGUUUAAAAAAACCCA